UUUACAGAAAUGUUUUCGUUUCCUCCGCUCGGCAUGUGAAAUUUAAAGCUCCGAAAUUUUUUCUCGAGAAAUUAUGAAUUUUUAAAGCCGUUCCUCACCAGCAGGUAACAUAAAUUGGUACCCAAAAAUCCGGCAACCAGUAGUGAAUCGAUAGAAAAGAAACUAAAAACGUAGAUUGCCAAAAACAAUGGCAAACUGCCUGAGAAAUGUUUCCAGUCGCGGUGGAAUCACUCCGUUGGGAAGGAUUUUUACUGCUGGAAAUGCUGGCAGCGGUGUCCGGCAGCAGCCGGAAUUUUCCGGAACGAAAUCCGCCGGACGGAAUCCAUUGAUUGGAGCCAGCAGUUCUAAGCAAUUGUUCGGAAGCAGGAACCUUCUACAAGGGGCAGGAUCGAUCAAUUCCGGAAUCAUUGGCGUAGGAUCGGAUCCAUUGAGCAGAUUGAAUGCAGAUCUAAAUCGACUGGAAAUUCGUUCCGGUUCUAUCGACAGCAAGGAAUCCUCUAAAUCCUCCGAACCUACCACUGGUGGUGGCCUGCCCUCGGAAGAAGCGCUUCAAAAAGUUUUUGACGUGCUCGGCAACACCCUACCCAAGCUUUUCAUCCAACCACUGGACUACUCGAUCUACAACCCGAACUUGAUAUUCGAGAACAACAUCCGAGGAAUGCGAACGGUGGGUCUGUAUCACUACGUGAAACAGGUGGCGCUGCUCCGGACGGUCGGGCAUCUCAAGUAUGCCUACGUAUCGUUCGACAUACUCAAAAUCACCAAACAUCCGGAGGAGGGCACGGUCAAAAUCCGAUGGCGAGUCAAGGGGAUUAGCGCCGCGAGGGUGAUGUUCACCUUCUGGAGGUACAAGCUGUGGAAGCUGAAGGAAAUUCUAAACGAAACGGAGGCGUGGUACGACGGGUUUUCGGUUUUCCAUGUGGGAUCCGAUGGUUUGAUCUACAAACACGUGGCUGACAAGAUGAUGCCCGAUGACGAUAAAGUAGUGAUAGACUCGAAGAAUGUCAUCUCACCUAAGCUCGCACUGUUUCUGGGACUAACAGCAGAGAUCAGUAGUCCCAUUGUGGGCAGCCAGUGCUAAACUCGACCACCAACACCAACCCUAGACGCUAGAGCUUACAUUAGGAUCGUUCGUAACUAACUAAGGAAGAAACCCGGCCGCUCGGUUUUUGCGCUCACUUUGUACAGACCCUACCCUAAUCGUGCACAUUGCUGCUAGAGGAUGAUGAGUUUAGCAGAACAGCGAAAUUCAUCUAUGAAAACGUUCUCACAAGGACCUGUUAGGCAUUUUUUUUCUAUUUCUUCGUUUCCUGUUAGUUGUUUCCUUUCCAACAGUCACAACAUUACUUAAAUUCUUUAAACAAAAAAAAGAAACCUAUUUAAAUGCACAGUUCCGGUCACUGGAAUUUGUGGUGCCAUCGUAGCCAUCGCUGUGAAAUGCAUGCGUUGUUGUACCGCAGCAGCCUCGGUGAUACGGACUCGAGUUGUUAACCGCCGCCAGGACGCGGUUACCUGGACACAGUGAUUGAAUAAAAGA